CGAUAACUCGAUACAUCAACGUACAAAAAGUGUUGUAUUAUCUAUUUAUAUUUUUAUUUAAUUGUGCAUUAGUAAUAAUUACAAUGGCCAAAACAUCAUUGUUAACGACGCAAGGAUUAAGGUUCCCACCUGCGGAAACGAAGGAAUACGUUAACCCCGACUUGAGGGUCAUAAGUUUAGAAGAGCUUUCCUGGCACGAGACCCCGCAGGACUGCUGGGUAGUCAUCUACGACAGAGUGUAUGACAUCACAGACUUUUUAGAUGAGCAUCCUGGUGGUUCCGACAUUCUUCUAGAGUAUGCAGGAAGAGAUGCGAGUGUGGCUUUCCGGGGGUCUGGUCACAGUAAAUAUGCAAUCCGGGCUUUGUCCAAAUUCUUCAUUGGCUCAUUACCGAUGCACGAACGCAUCUUCAGGAAACCCGGAGGAUACAAGCUCAGUGAUAUCCCGGAGUAAUCGUUUUGCCCGGAUACCUUAACCGGAGCCGAAAAAGUAUUACUUAUAUUCAGGGACCAGAUGAGAUGAAGUUAUUUAGUUUAGUUGUUAAAUCGGAG